AUGUUUGACAUUAUCUCUUCUUUUUUCUCUAGCCUUUUUUCGACUGAUGGUUGUGAUGCUAAGGCAACUAGUCAUAUUCUAGAUUGCUUGGGGCCUCCCCUUGAAGAUUUGGAUUAUGAGUUUUUGGCUCAGCCCUUCACUGCCCAGGAGGUGAAAAAGACUGUCUUUAGCAUCUCUGGUGAUAAGGCUCCUGGACUUGAUGCUCUUAAUGCCUUUUUCUAUCAAAAGAAUUGGGCUACUUUUGGUCAUGAGCUGGUUUCUGUGGUGUUGGAUUGCUUAAAUGGUCAAGCUGACUUCUCUGCUAUUAACAACACCUUGAUUGCAAUUGCUAACCGGUUAAAGGUUGUUCUUGAUAAAGUGAUUUCCCCUUUUCAAAGUGCUUUUGUUUCUGGGCGUGUUAUCUUUGAUAAUAUUCUCAUUGCCCAUGAGCUUAUUCAUGCCAUAAAUUCUAGAAAAGCUGGUAAAAGGGGAUGGGCUGCUUUGAAGCUUGAUAUGGCCAAAGCUUUUGAUCGUGUGGAAUGGAAUUUUCUGGAAAGUGUCAUGUACCAUUUUAAUUUUCCUAUUAGCUUUGUUAAUCUCAUCAUGAAAUGUAUAGCUACUACUACCCUUUCUUUUCUUGUCAAUGGGGAGGUUAAAGGCUCUCUUAAACCUUCUCGUGGUCUUAGACAAGGGGACCCUUUAUCCCCUUACCUUUUCAUUCUCUGUGCUGAGGGGUUGUCUGCUCUCCUUCGAACUAGGCAAGAUGCUCAAUUUCUUAAAGGUAUUUCUGUGUCUAGACAUGCUCCAUCAAUCUCUCACUUGUUAUUUCCUGAUGAUAGUCUUCUUUUUUGCUCGGCUGAUAGAGAGUCCUGUUUAGCUAUUCAAGAAGAGAUUCGUACCAUGUUCUUUGACACUCUUAAUUUAGAAGAUAAGCCUUUUGUGUCAAAAUAUCUAGGUCUUCCUCAAUGUCUGUCUCGUUCAAAGUUUCAUUCUUUUUCGUUUCUUAGGGAUAAAGUUGCCUCUGUCCUUAGAACUUGGUCUUCUAAAUGUUUCUCUAGAGCAGGUAAGGAGGUUCUUUUGAAAGCUGUAAUUCAAGCUAUCCCUGCUUAUGCGAUGGCUUGUUUUAGGCUUCCUGUUAAGCUUUGUAAGGGAAUUGAGACUGCGAUGGCCAGAUUCUGGUGGGGUUCUAAUGGAGAGUCUAGGAAAAUUCAUUGGAAAUCCUGGAAGUCCCUUUGUAAAUCAAAAUUCUGUGGUAGUUUAGGUUUUCGUUCUUUAGUUCAUUUCAACCAAGCUAUGUUAGCUAAACAAGCUUGGCGUAUUAUGGACAAUCCUAACUCUCUUCUCAGUAGGAUCCUUAAAGCUCGUUAUUUUUCCCAUUCUUCUAUUCUUGCUGCUGCCCCUGGUCACAACCCUUCUUUCACUUGGAGAAGCAUUUUAUGGGGGAUGGAUUUAUUGGCUUCGGGACUUAUCUGGAAAAUUGGGAGUGGGAAUGAUAUUCAUACCAUAUCUGACCAUUGGCUACCUAAUCAUAAAUAUAAAUCUUUCUCUAGUACUAUCCAUCCUCCUUCCCAGUUUUUAUCCUACUUUAUCUCUGCCUUAGGGACUUGGGAUGUUAAUAGGUUGGGUGCUUAUUUUGGUAAUUCUAUCAUUGAUGAUAUUCUUGAAGUGCCAGUUGCAGGGUGUUAUGGUAGGGAUUCUCUGAUUUGGGAGAAGACAAGUUCAGGUGUUUUUUCUGUUAAAUCUGCUUAUCAUCUGGCUUCCUCUUUCCUGGAUAUUCCUUCUUCUUCUUCUUUCACUUCUUCUAAAAAGUUUUGGUCCCAUGUUUGGAAAGUUCUUGAUUCUCCUCUUUGUCCUAUUUGUAAACUUGCCCCUGAGAGUAUCAAACAUGCUAUGCUAGACUGCUCCAGAUCCAGAAAGGCAUGGAGAUCUUCCAGACAGGUGCCAAGAUCAGGUCCAGAUUGUAACUCAGCCUCUGCAAGGGUUCAGCCAUCUGGUUCCAAUGUCUUCAAAAUUUUCACUGAUGCAGCCACUGAUUCUCAAAGAAGGAAACAUAGUAUUGGAGUGGUUCUCUUGGAUGGUUGUAAUCGAGUGAAGGCAGGUUUCACUACUCCUUUUUCUGGACUUGUUCCUCUUGCUGUUGCUGAAGCCAAAGCUGUUCAUCAAGCUAUCCAAUGGGCUCAACUGCUUCGACUCCCGGUGGACGUUUUGAUGACAGAUUGUAAAUCUAUAGUAGAUAAGCUUAAUGCUUGUAAUUGGAAUAAUAGUGUAUUUGAUGAUGUAAUAUGUAGUAUUAAGAACUUAUUAUCGUUCAGUCCGGGCCUAACCAUUUCUCAUGUUGGUAGGGACUUUAAUCUUUUAGCUCAUAAGGGUUUGUUAGAGGCUUGUCAGGAUCUUCGUCCAUGUAUUUCCAAGUCUCAAAAUUGUCUGAAGAAUCUUUUUAUUGCUUUUGAUUUGGCUAUUAGAACUACCAUUGAAAGAAGAUACGAAGAACUAAAUAUUGUUGGACCUGAGAAAAUAAUGUUUAUCAGUAUGAUUUUAGAAAACUUGGCACUUUCAUUAGAUGAUAAUGGGGAUUUAAUAUACUAUUUGAAGUAUCCUAGGCUUGGAGGAGCUGGAUGCUACCCAACUCUCGGAGGUGAGCAAAAGAUUGAUCCCUCUGAACUAGCCAUAGCUCCAGGAGGAACAGCUAGGUUGUCCAAGGGGAUCCUUCCUACUUAA